CCAGCUUGUGAGCCAGUUCUCAUUGUAACAAAGAAUGAUGGCAUCUUGGAGCUUAAUCAGUUUGACGGACUGCCGUAUUCCUCCAGAUUUUACGAAUUUCUCAGAGGAAGGAAAGAGCUGCCAGAGUGGAGCGCAAAGAGUGACUUCAUGGACUCGUUGGUUGUCAUCGUCAGUGACGCUGCCAAAACUGGGAGAAGUUCUCAAAUUCCCCAGUUCUGCCUGUCAGUCCGCUUCCAGCACCCAGAUUCACUCGCAGCCGGCGGCAAGUGCUUUUGUCUGUACCCAGAGGACAGACGGCUUCCUACGGAGACUCGGCCACAUGUUGUGGAGUCGGACGUCUCUUCCACGGUGCUCUUCUUGAAGAGGAUGCAGAUCGCCGGCCUGGGCCACUGUGACUUCAUCGACAGGCCGGAUCCUGAAGGCCUAAUGCAGACUUUGGAGGAGCUAGACUUCCUCGCAGCUCUGGAUAAUGAUGGCAACCUCUCCGAGGUGGGCAUCAUCAUGUCCGAGUUCCCCUUGGAAGCCCCAGGUGGCCAAAACUGUGUUAGCGAGGUGGUCAUCGCCGCUGCCAUGCUAACACGUAACGGGGUGCACUUCCAUUCCAACAAACAUCUGUUGUAUAGUGUUAUAGAGCAAACGGUAGGUUCUGAACAUCCCGUUCCUCGUGGUUUGUUUUUAGCACCAACUUGCUUCACGGUCCCUGAGCCGGGGUCGACCCGGGGCCACAUGGAGCUCCAUCCACAGGGAGACCACUUCACCCUCAUCAUUAUCUACAGGGCCUUUGAGCAGUGCCAGCAAGAUCCAUACUGCGACGUGGACAAAAGGUGCGAGGACCGGUGCCUGAACGAGGACCUCACCGACGCUCUGAGGAGGAUCGAGCUGCCCGUCUCGGCGCCCGCCUUCGGUUCACCAAACAACACCCUCGACAUUGAGAGAGCCUUGCUGGCGGGUUUCUUCAUGCAGGUGGCGCGGGAUGUGGACGGAUCAGGCAACUACUUCAUUCUGAGCCACAAGCGCGUGGCACAGAUCCAUCCGCUGUCCGUCCCCAAGCUGGGCCUGCCCGAGUGGGUACUGUUCCACGAGCACUCCUUCUCCGAGGACAACGCCGGAGGAGUAAAUUGGGUUGAAAUUGGGUCUACUUUUGGGCCGUGCGGUCUUGUGAACCCGGUAGACCACCCGUCGUGUCUGCACAUCCAAAGGAGCUCCGAGCCCAAUCGGGCCGACUCAUUCCCGUUCCCUUUUGGUCCAGAUGUAAAGCCCCGGUUGAGCACAGACUAGUCAUGCAGGUGGUGCAGGGAGGUAUCCUAAUCCCAGCUGGUUGGAAGGGAUUAUGGACAGCACGGAUCCCUGGGAAUGAAGAGCUGCAGCUUAAUGGAGGAAGGGAAAGCUUUGCAGCCUUUUGCCAUUCACUGUAAGGUUCCACACCUUGAAAUGUGUCGAUCCGUUCACUGCCGUGAGGAGUAGAUAUUAUUGGAAGGGAUGUAAGUCUUUUCCUCUGAAAGAAACCGAUCCAAAUUGGAAAAAAAAAGAAAAGAUUAGUUCACACAAAAAUAUGUUUGACUGUCCUUCCUAAAAAUCAAACAAUGUCCUCCCCUCCUAGGUUUAUUCCGAUGGCACCACAGUAUUUUUUUUCUCAGUACCAAAAGGAGAAACCGCCAACCUCAGCGGACAAACCAGAGGAGGAGCAGACUUCUGAGCGCUGUGUCAUCCAGUGAAUAACGGACCCCACGUUCCCCGUGAUUGGGAUGAAAUAACAAGGAGGACAUUUUGUACUAUGUUGAACGGAAACACACUUUCCAUUGGUAUGGUUGAUCAUAUAUUUUAAUUUUUAUCCCUCUACGCUACAAUACAUCACAAUACCAUGUUGUUCAAUAACUGCAUUAAUAUAUUUAAUUAAAACAUCAAUUGCUCUUUUAGUCUUGAUUUUCGGUGUAUGUAUUAAUCCACCUAUUCAACAUCUGAUUGCUAAGCGUGUAAGAGGACGGACCGUGGCUGCAAAACGUCUCCUAAGUAGAUCGGAGUCUGGUUUCUACACAUGGCGCUCUGUAGAAACAGCCCAUUCUAAGCUUACAAAGGUUGCGUUAUCUUCUGCUGAUUAACAACCUAAACAAACACGCUUGUGAAUAUUCUGUCCCAUUUGUGCCAAUUGGUCCCUCCUGGUCGGAUCAUUUCUCAGAGUUUCAAAUGUCAAAUUGUGUUCUACUCAAACACACGGUUAUUAUUAUUACAAUAAAGUAUCUAUUUAUCUA